AAUCGAGCCCACAACACGAGGGGGAGGUCAAUGAAACCACCGCCAUGGACAUCGACGACAUUCUCGCCUCAGUCGACCGCCACGACCCGACGACCCCGGAGUCAACGGCUCUGGACCACCAGCUGCUCACGCGCUUCUGGGUGGCCGAGCGGGGUGUUUCGGAGCUUCUUCCCUGGCCGGGGCCAUUAAUGGAGCGUAUGAUGGAGCGAGUGCGACGACAGAUCGAAACAAUCGAAGACCUAGCCGCCAGCACCCCCGACUCCAUCCCUCCUCCUCCCCCAACAACCACAAUCACAACCACAACCACCACCGGAACAAAAUCAAACACAACACUCAACCUCACACUCUCCAUCCUGCAAACCGACCUCUCCCGCACGCAAUACCUUCUCCGCAGCCUGCUGCGCCAACGCCUCUCCAAACUCACAAAACACAGCAUGCACUACCUCAUGCGCAUCUCCAGCCCACACGAUCAAUCCCAAUCGCAAUCGCAAUCGCAAUCCCAGAAUCCAGACGGAGAAAUCCGACCCGAGGACUCGAUCCCGGUGCCCCUGGCCGGCGACGAUGCCGCGAUCGCGCCGCUCUCCGCGCCGGAGGUGAGUUUCCUGGUUGCGCACCAGAGGCUGCUGGCGCGGCACUACGGGGAUGCGUUUCUGGGGUCGUUUGCGCCGCAGCUGCGGCGGCUGGAUGAUAAUGCCGGCGGGACGAGUAUGGUGCAGGGGCCGGAGAUGCGCGAGGUGGUGUUUGUGCGGUGCUUGGUGGAGGAGGUGCGCGUUGUGGUGCCGCCUUCUGAUGGGGUUGAGGAGGAGACUGUUGGGACGGCGAUGCGGAUGGGGGAUGUUUGGGCUGUGCGGUGGGAGGGGGUGCGGGGGGCUUGGACUAGGGGUGAGGUUGAGAUUCUCUAG